CUGGGGUGCUUCUUACUGCUGGAGAGAGCCUGCCUGGUGGGGGUCAACUGCUGGCGUCCUGGUCCCCGCAGGGGGAGUGUUCAGCCGCUGUGCUCAUGGCUUAUGGCGCUGAUGCUGCGCAGGAGUGGCGGGAGAGCUCUGAGGCGGUGGCUGACGUCUGAGCGCUGGAGCCAUGUCGCACGAGAAGAGCUUCCUGGUGUCGGGUGACCCUUUCCCCGGGCAACAGCCCCCUGUCCCACCGGGCUACGCCCAGCCUCCGUACCCAACCGCUCCCUACCCUCAGCCGCAGUUUUCUCCUGCAGCCUAUGGCCAGCCUGGCUACCCAGCCGCGGGGCCCUACCCGCAGGGCCCUUAUCCGGCUGCGGGGCCCUACCCGCAGGGCCCAUAUCCAGCCGCGGGGCCCUACCCACAGGGCCCAUAUCCAGCUGCGGGGCCCUACCCACAGGGACCCUAUCCACAGGGGCCAUACCCGCAGGGACCGUACACCCAACCGCAACCUGUUGGCCCAGAGGAUCAAGGCUGUGGAAGCAGGCCCCCUAUCUAUGUGAUCUGGAGAUCAGGCACCGUGGCCUCCAGGAUUGCGCCACUGCACAGCAACUACCACGAGGACGGGCCUCCUUCCUACUAUGAUAACCAGGAUUUCCCCACCACGAACUGGGACGAUAAGAACAUCCGCCAGGCCUUCAUCCGCAAGGUGUUCCUGGUGCUGACCCUCCAGCUGUCCGUCACCUUCGCCUUCGUGGCUGUCUUCACCUUUGUCGACGAGGUCAGGGGCUUCGUGAGGAAGAAUGUCUGGACUUACUACGUCUCCUACGCCGUCUUCUUCAUUUCGCUCAUUGUGCUCAGCUGCUGCGGAGAGUUCCGGCGCAAGCACCCCUGGAACCUUGUGGCCCUGUCCAUCUUGACCUUGUGCCUCUCCUACAUGGUGGGCAUGAUUGCCAGCUUCUAUAACACGGAAGUCGUCAUCAUGGCGGUGGGCAUCACGGCUGCGGUCUGCUUCACGGUCGUCAUCUUCUCCCUGCAGACCAAGUACGACUUCACCUCCUGCCGGGGGGUGCUCAUUGUCUGCCUGGUGGUGCUGCUGAUCUUUGCCAUCCUGUGCAUCUUCAUCCGGAACCGCAUCCUGGACAUCGUCUACGCCUCCCUCGGGGCCCUGCUCUUCACUUGCUUCCUGGCCGUGGACACGCAGAUGAUCCUGGGGAACAAGCAGCUGGCCAUCAGCCCCGAGGAGUACGUCUUUGCCGCCCUCAACCUCUACACAGACAUUAUCAACAUCUUCCUGUACAUCUUGGCCAUCAUCGGGCGCGCCAAGGAGUAGCCCCCUCCGCAGUAGAGCUCCUCCUUUCCCACCGGCCCCAUCUCCUCUCGUGGUUCUCCUCCUGGGGGUGGGGGUGGGGGUGGAGGGGGGGUCUUUCCUCGCCUGUGUUUGUGCCCCUUCCUGCUCCUCCAGUUCAGGGCUCUCGUUCCCUUCCUUGUCCAUCUGCCCCAGACGGUGGCGUGAGGGGGCUCCGGAGGCGGGGGGCUUCCUCGCUUUUCUCCUGUCUGCCCCUGAGGAACGCCCAGAGCAGAGCAGAGCGCCAUCUCACCCAAGGGCGGGGGGGGGGGGGGCUGGCAGGCAGCAGGAGAAUGCAAAUAUGCUGCUCUUGUCUGGGUUUUUCUUCCCCUUUUUAUUGUCGGUUUCCUUUUUUUGGCCUGGAAAUGGAAAUGUUUAUUUAAUGUGGAGACACGUCCUCACCUAGGCAUGCUGCCCCCUGUCGUUCCCCCCCCCCCCCCGCACUCCUCUCCACCCCCCCGCCUGCCACCAGUGAGUACACCAGCUCUUCCUCUGGGUUUGCUCCCCUGUUGCGCCCCCUUUUUCCUCCGCUGGGCAUGAGCUAUAUGCUCCUCCUCCCUGACCCCGUUCUUAGGAGACUGCCGUCUGCUUGGCCUUCCACCCACCCCCCACCCCCAGCUUCCUGUUCCAUCUGUCUGUAGACCCUCCCCCCCUCUAUUCUCAAUUCCACCCGAAAUAUUGGGGGGGGGGGUCCUUCUCCCCUCUCCUCUAGAAAUGGACCGGGGGGGGGGAGGUUUCCUCGCCUGGCCCUCCAGCCUCUGGCUCUGCUGAGGUCUUCCUUUCACCAAAGCAGAGCGCCGUGACCUGGGAGACGCCUGUAGUCAGCUAGAUGCCCGGCCCCCUGCUUCCUUCUCACCUCGUCCCCCCUGCCCCCCCCCCCCACAGCGGCUGGCUUUCUCGGGGGAGGGGGGCUCUGGGCUGCAGCAUGCCGGGCAGCCACACUGGUGCCCCCGAGGCCUCUGCACUCAGCUGUAUUUAUAGGAUGUCCAAAUAAAAAGUGGGACUGUACCGGAAA